GAUUUGUCAAAUGAUUGCUAUUUAUUCAUCUCCCUAAUACCCAACCAAUUGUACUCCGAAAUCUAUAGGGUUUCUGGGCCGGAAUCCCAAAACAUCUGCCUCACGUUUAUCCAUUUCCGUCAACAAAACCCAUUUUUCAGAGAUCAAAAUGAAGAAAAUGGUGUUACAAUUGACGAUUGAGGAUGAGAAAAGAAAGAGGAAGGCCCUCAAAGUGGUUGCGGCGGUGGAAGGGGUGGAUUCUGUGGCUGUGGACAUGAAAGAAAAAAAGUUGACUGUAAUUGGGGAAGCAGACCCUGUGUUUGUCACCGCAAGACUGAGGAAAUUCGGGUUUAAUUUUGCUGACCUGCAGAGCGUUGGGCCUGCCAAGGAGGAGAAAAAGGAGGAGAAGAAAGAAGAGAAAAAUCCAGAGAACCCAACAGUUGUGUAUGUUCAGAGGCCUUAUUAUAAUGAUUACAGUUUUGCUAACGAUGAGAAUCCUAACGCCUGUACCAUCUGCUGAAUACUCGUCUAGGGUUUUUUUACACUAGGAGUUUUUCACCUCUGCUCUUCCCAGAAGAAAUCUCCUUACCUAUUCCUGACAGCUCUCCUAAUGAGGUAAGUAAUGUACAUAUUAAGCUUCCAUGUUUUGUUGGAGUUAAAUAUGUGUACGUGCUGUCAGAAAAAUAACUUACUGUCAAACAAGGAGGUGAUUUGUUGGGAAGAGUGUAAUAUAAUUUUCACAAUAAAACCUAACUAGGUGUUCGUUUUUUAAAUAACCUAUCUUCUGACAUGUUUAAUUCCCAUUGGUGUGCAAGUUCUGUGCUGGUCAUAUCGAGCACGGUAUGAGGCUCUUUUUUCGGUGCCUGCAUAGUCAACAGAUAUGUCGACUACCAGUAGAAGAGUAUCAGUAACGGUUACAAUAGUUGCUAUUGUUUUAAUAAUGGAAUAUUCUUUUGCAUA